AUGGUCAUGGAACAUGGGAACCGCUUCAGCUUCAGCUUCCUCCGCUCCAGUUGGGGCCUUCUGCUCCUGCUUCUGCCCCUGCCAGGAUGCUCAGGAGCUGAGGGCAAGCUGGCUCACAAGCUGUUUCGUGACCUGUUUGCAAACUACACAAGCGCCCUGCGACCUGUGGCGGACACAGACCAGACUCUGAAUGUGACCUUGGAGGUGACAUUGUCCCAGAUCAUUGACAUGGACGAGCGGAACCAGGUGCUGACCCUGUACCUCUGGAUCCGACAGGAGUGGACAGACGCGUACCUGAGAUGGAACCCAGAUGCCUAUGGUGGCCUGGAUGCCAUUCGCAUUCCCAGCAGCCUCGUGUGGUUGCCAGACAUCGUGCUCUACAACAAGGCGGACGCACAGCCGCCGGCGUCGGCCGGCACCAACGUGGUGCUGCGGAACGACGGCGCCGUGCGCUGGGACGCGCCGGCCAUCACGCGCAGCUCCUGCCGCGUGGACGUGUCGGCCUUCCCGUUCGACGCGCAGCGCUGCGGCCUGACGUUCGGCUCGUGGACGCACGGCGGGCACCAGCUGGACGUGCGCAGCCGCGGCGCCGCCGCCAGCCUGGCCGACUUCGUGGACAACGUGGAGUGGCGCGUGCUGGGCAUGCCGGCGCGGCGGCGCGUGCUCACGUACGGCUGCUGCUCCGAGCCCUACCCCGACGUGACCUUCACGCUGCUGCUGCGCCGCCGCGCCGCCGCCUACGUCUGCAACCUGCUGCUGCCCUGCGUGCUCAUCUCGCUGCUCGCCCCGCUGGCCUUCCACCUGCCCGCGGACUCGGGCGAGAAGGUGUCGCUGGGCGUCACCGUGCUGCUGGCGCUCACCGUCUUCCAGCUGAUCCUAGCAGAAAGCAUGCCGCCGGCCGAGAGCGUGCCCCUGAUCGGCAAGUACUACAUGGCCACUAUGACCAUGGUCACAUUCUCCACGGCGCUCACCAUUCUCAUCAUGAACCUGCAUUACUGUGGCCCCAAUGCCCGCCCUGUGCCGGCCUGGGCUCGGACUUUCCUGCUGGGACACCUGGCACGGGGUCUGUGCGUUCGGGAACGGGGGGAGCCCUGUGGGCGAUUCAGGCCACCUGAGUCACCUCCGAGGAGCCCCCAGCCUCCUGAGGGAGAAGCCAGCCCCCUGGCAGGCCCUUGCCAUGAGCUGCGGUGUCUAUGUCACCAGGAAGCCCUCUUGCACCAUGUAGCCACCAUUGCCAACACCUGCCGAAGCCACCGGGCUGCCCAGCGCCGCCAUGAGGACUGGAAACGCCUGGCCCGUGUGAUGGACCGAUUCUUCCUGGGAAUCUUCUUCUCCAUGGCCCUAAUAAUGAGCCUCAUAGUUCUGGUACAGGCCCUGUGAGAAGCUGUGCUGCAGCCACAGUGCCCUCGGUCAGGGAAGGCGGGGCCACGGUGGUUGUCUGCCCUCAGA